AUGGCAGCCGCCGGUUCGAGCUCGAAAUUCACCCCUCCUCCUUCGCCGCCCUCUCCGACGGCAUCCUACUACGAUGUCAGCGAUGCAGACGAGGACGAAUACAACACCAUCUCCUCAACAUCAGGACGGGGAGUGAAGCUAUUGUUUUCCAAAAGCAAGGUCUAUAUCCAUCCUACCCCUUCCUCCAAGGAUAAUAUCCCCGGUUUUAUCGCCCUCCUACAGCAAAAACCAGCUCCCUCUCCAAAUAACAAUACUGGACCUAUAAACUCCUCAAACAACUCCGCCGCUCUGUCCUCCUAUUUACUCGCCUGGGUCCCGGAAGCCUCUCUCGGUGAUGCGUACAGCACCUAUGUCAAAGUCGACCUUUCUGAUGAUUCCUCUCCGCCAAAGCAACGGUACUUAGUGCCGGCGCUCCCGACGACAACCACCUACAAAGAUCCAAUAGGCCUAUAUGCAUUUGCGGUACCUCUGUCCGAGAUCUAUUCGUUGUUGGUACGACCUCCGAGCCUGGGUUGGUGGUUUGGCAGUCUGGUGAUCAAUACCCGCGCUGGUGACAGCUUCCCGGCGCUGUUCUUCCACGACAGCGAAUGCGAGUCGACAAUACUGCAGAAGAAACGACGGACGAGAGAGAGUUUCGACCCGUUUGACGAAAGUGGUGGUCUCUUCUGGGGCGGUGACGAGGUGCUCCGAUGGCUUCGGAGAUAUGUGGAAGUGCAACGCUCGUCGGUUGAUAAUAGUGUCUACCUGAUCAAUCCGUCGGAAGAAGAUCAGUUAUCCUUCGGCAUGCCGUUGAGUAGCUAUGAUGGAACGGUAGCAAAGGGAGGCCAAGAUCCAACCGUUGGCCCACAUUCUUCCGCCGGCAAUGCACAACGGGAUGCUGGAAUGGAUCCCUUCAUGAAAGCGCUUAAGGAAACGAGAUGGAAAGUUCUUGAACAGCUCAGCAAGAUUACCACGUUCACCCGACGGACGGCGAACGACCUUGCCGACAAUAGUAUGAUUCCGCCACAGGUCCGUCGGCUGAUGAAGACCCCCGAAAUUCAGACAUUACAGGAUGAAUUUGAUAGUGCGAGGCUCUACUUGGCCCGGUGGGCCAUGAGCAUUGCGGAGCAGAGCGAACGAGAAAAAUCGCAGCGGAUAUGGACCGCCCGGGAUGUUCUGGAUAUGGAAAACAGCUCCGUAGGCGAUUUCGAGAUCUUGGAGCUGGAGACAGGAACCAUGGCCAUCCAUGAACGACGCCGAACUCUUACUCUGAAGGAAUGGGAGGGGUUCUUUGAUAGCACAACCGGGAGACUACAUGUUACAGUUGAGGAAGUGAAGGAGAGGAUUUUCCAUGGAGGCCUUGAUCCAAAUGACGGAGUGAGAAAGGAGGCAUGGCUUUUCCUUCUGGGCGUUUACCCUUGGGACAGCAGUCGUGAUGAGCGUCAAGCCUUGAUGAACUCCAAGCGGGAUGAAUACAUCCGCUUGAAGGGUGCAUGGUGGGAGAGGAUGGUAGAAGGCACUUCUACUCCCGAGCAGUAUGAAUGGUGGAAAGAACAGAAAAACCGCAUCGAGAAGGAUGUCCAUCGUACAGACCGCACGAUACCGCUAUUCGCAGGAGAAGAUAUCCCUCAUCCAGACCCAGACUCCCCAUUUGCGGAUACUGGUACGAAUGUGCAUCUGGAACAGAUGAAGGAUAUGCUCCUCACAUAUAAUGAGCACAACCCUGACCUAGGGUAUGUUCAAGGAAUGAGUGACCUCUUAGCCCCGAUCUAUGCAGUCAUGCAAGAUGAUGCAGUUGCAUUCUGGGCAUUCGUUGGAUUCAUGGACAGAAUGGAACGGAAUUUUCUCCGCGACCAGUCUGGCAUGCGAGCCCAGCUUCUCACCUUAGAUCACCUGCUCCAGCUCAUGGACCCUCAAUUAUACCUCCACCUCCAAUCCGCCGACAGCACAAACUUCUUUUUCUUCUUCCGGAUGCUCCUGGUCUGGUACAAGCGCGAGUUCGAAUGGGCCGACAUUCUCCGCCUCUGGGAAACGCUGUGGACCGACUACCUCUCCAGUAACUUCCACCUUUUCGUCGCCCUGGCAAUCCUAGAAAAGCACCGGGACGUAAUCAUGGAACAUCUAAAGCACUUCGACGAAGUCCUGAAAUACAUCAACGAACUCUCAAACACCAUGGAUCUCGUCCCCCUGCUCACCCGCGCCGAAUCCCUCUUCCACCGCUUCGAGCGCACCGUCCAGGCAAUCGAUAAGAAGAAUAACUUCCCACGGCCUGCAGCACACCAGCGCAAACACACGCAGGACUCCGCCUCAUCAACCAAGGGCAAAUCGCCCCAGCGGCCGCAGAGCGUCGGAUACAGCACCGGUACCAGUGCCAGCGUCAGCGCCAGCGCAAGCACACCCAGCGCGGAUACAGCCGAGUCGAAGGUCAUCUCGCCGGAGCUGAGAGAGCUUCUGAGUAAAGAGAUCCUGUGGAAACGGCAGCCGCAGCGUAAGUCGGAAUCCCAGUAG